UUCCUGCUGCUGGGGAUGCUGCUGCUAGAGGUACUGGGGUUGGAGGCCCUGGAGCUAGCGCUGUCGACCCUGGAUUUGGAGGCCCCACGGUGCCCCCCCGCCGCUCACCACGCUUGGCGACCCCUCCGGGUUUUCCACCUCGACCGUCUUCGUCACCUCUGCGGCCGGUUCUGGUUGCCUCUGGUGCUGCUGGGGGCGGUGUUGCUCGGGGUCCUGCGUCUGGGGGUGCAGAGCCUGGGGGGCUGAGCCAGAGGGUACCAGGUCCGGGGGUGCUGAGUCGGGGUCUUCCUCUUUCUGCUGCUCGAGCUGCUGGAGCUAGUGGUCGUGGAGACGCUGGGAGCACUGGUGUUUCUGGUUCUGGACGUGCUCGUACCGGGGGUACUGGAGCUGCCAGGACUGGUGGUAUUGCUGGAGCUGGAGGUGCUAGUCCUGAGGGUGCUGAGUCUCCUCGCGGUCCUCCUGGUGCUGCGUCGCAGCGGCCACCUCUCUCGCGACAGCAGCUACGCGAGUGGUGCGCUCAGCGCUACUGCUGUCGAGGUGCUGCGACUGGGGUACUAGGGCUGGACGCCCAGGAGCUGGUGCUGUUGCCUCUGGAGUUGGAGACCCUGGAGCUGGAGGUGCCGGUUCUGGAGGUGCUGCUGCUGGAGGUACUGAGGCUGGAGACCCUGGAGCUGGAGGUGCCGGUUCUGGGGGUGCUGCGACUGGAGGUACUGAGGCGGGAGACCCUGGAGCUCGAGGUUCUGGCGCAGCUAGCGACGCUGGAGCUGGAGGUUCUGUGGCUGCUGGAGGCGCUGGAGCUGGCGGUUCUGGAGUUGCUCGAGGUAGCGCUGGAGCUGGAGGUUCUGGAGCUACUGGAGGCACUGGAGCUGGAGGCUCUGGAGCUGCUGGAGGCGCUGGAGCUGGAGGUUCUGGAGCUGCUGGAGGCGCUGGAGCUGGCAGUUCUGGAGCUGCUGGAGGCGCUGGAGCUGGCGGUUCUGGAGCUGCUAGAGGCGUUGGAGCUGCUGGAGGUGCUGGAGCUGCUGGUGCUGGUGGCACUGCACAGCCGCGACUGUUUUUCGCUCCGCCGUCACCGUCGUCUCUGCCACCACCUGACUCCGUGCUUCGCCAGGUUCUUAGCCUCCCGUCUUCUACUGGUCUUUCGUUACUUCCUCCUGGCUCACCACUGCCUGCUCCUUCUCCUUACAUUGAGCAGACAGGAGGUCCUGCUGAGCGUCGUGAGCCUGCGUCUCGUCCUGUCUCGCCUGUUCGCACUGGUCGUACUGGUCGUCGUGUUCCUCGUCCGCGUCCGCCGGCUGUCCCCGGCACGCACCUCAUGGCCCUUCGUCCUUCCUCUGCUCCACAGCGUGUUCCCCUGCCGUCCCCUCCUGCGUCUUCUCUGCGUUACGUUCCAGACCCUGAGUCUGACCGCGCUCGUGCUGCUCACCCUACUGUCACGCGUCUGCUUGCUACCUGCUGUCACUGACCCUUCGUUUGAGUCCACUGCUGCGUCUGCCCUAGUCGCUGAGCUUGUUGACUUUGCUACUGCCUGUCGUCUAGACUACGCUGCUAGUCUUGUUGCUGAGUCUGAGUCUGUCUGUCCUCCGUCCGUCGGGGGUGAGUGUGCUCUAGGCACGGACGUCCUUGAGGACAGGCACGAGGACCUUGAGUGUCUUGCGGCUGCUGCGCCUCAUCUCGUGGCCAUGCUGCUUGCCCCUGAGGGAGAUCCGGAUGCACCAGACAUCCCCCCCCGCACUCUUACGCUGACGCAAUCGCGGGUGAGUGUCUCUCAGUGGCAAACAGCCAUGGACGCAGAGAUGGCAUCCUGGAAGUUCACAGGCACUUACGUCAAUGAGGUUCCCCCUCCUGGGGCGAACAUCGUCGAUGGCAUAUGA